AUGCCACCAAAGGGCUUGUAUUCGAUUCCGCGGCACCACCUCUACGGCGGACAAAUGGCACGCCGCACAACGUUCAACUCGAAAGACUUUGAGGACGCCGCUCCGGCUCAGCUAGACGGAGCGGCGGAGCGUCAGCGAAAGGACGAGAAGAAACCCCGCAAGAAGGAAAAGGACUCUCUUGGUGAAAAGAAGAAGAAAGACGGCGCCCAGGUCGAGCCGACCAGCGGCGGUCCAGUACAACCAGGCGGAGCGGUGAAGCCUCACCAAGAGGGCGAGAAGAAGUCCCGCAAGAAGAACAGGGAUUCGCUUGGUGACAAGAAGAACGAAGAUGGCGCUAAGGUCAUUGGGGUGACGCCAGAGGUCAAAGAUUCCAAGAUUAAGCGGAAGAGGGACAAGAAGAAGGGAGAAGAGAUUCAGGAACACCACUCGUCAAAGAAGAAGCGCAAGAGGGAGAGCGAGGUUUCUGUGGACACGCCGACAGCUAAAGACACAGCCAAUGGCCGUUUCGUUAUCGGCGAGAACCUGGUCAAGGAUGUGGAGGCUUCGUUGAACGGUCAUACUUCGCGAGUGGUAGGAACCGAAGCCCCACAAGUGGAGCAGCCUUCUAAGAAGAAGAAGGCAAGCAAAAAGAGUAAGGACGUGGAAAGGCAAGAACAGCUGGAGGUAAGUGGUGCAGUUCAAAACGGACCAACGAAGACACCGGAGAAGCUUAAGUCGAAGAAGCACAAAGGAAAGAGCGACGGCGGUGUAGGUCAGAAGAACGGUGAGACCACGCCUAACGCCCCCGCGCCCGCUGCGCAGUCGACUCCCAAGAAGACACCGGUCCCCCUGCCGCAGGUAUCCCGGGUCCCCGUUUCGAGUGCUACCCACCAUCUUCAACAACCGCCCUCCGAAAUCCGCGACCGCGAACCCAACGUACUGGUUCCAGAAACACCGCCGUCUAGGUCCAUAAAGAAGGCUCACGCAGAUCGGAUGACGCCCAUCCCCUUCCCACUAUCGCAUCCAACCGGCAAUCAGACUGCGGGGCGUAAGCCACCAAAGAAAGAGCGUUUGACUGCCCUCUUCUCUACUCCAACUUCAACAGGCUCAGCGCCGGCUCCACUGGCUAAGCCAAAGCAGAGCGUCCCGACACCCAGUAUUCCCAACGCUCUGACAGAUGCGAACUUGGAGCAAUUCACCCAGCCGUUGAAUGACGCACCUAAGCCGAGGCCGCGCGCAAAGGGUGGAUCUUCCGCCGGGACCUCCUUGCCGGACUCAACGACGUCGUCAAUGAGCAUUGAUGAAAUGUUCGCCCGCGUGCCUAAGCCGUAUGUGCGCUCUGGAGCCGAAGUGUAUCCUUUCAUCGCGACCAAGGCCAAGAAGAAGACUCGGGAGACGCAUGAGGAGGCACCGGUGAAUGUCUUCAAUGGCAUAUUCCACGACUUGCAGAAAGCCGUCAACUUCACCGAAGAGCGAGGGUAUCUUGAGGAGUACUUGGUCUGGGCUAAUGACCAUGAAGCUGUUCGCUUGCCGUGCUUGGGCAGCGUGACCGGCUGCAAUCUGAAGAAAGAAGAGAUUCUCCGUCUCGGUAAAGAAGAAAAUAUGUCUAUGAGUAUACUUGGACACCUGGACUACGGAGGAGGCGAUUCGAAUGCGUUGAUGGAAGCCGACCUGCAUGCACAAAAUGCGGAGAAUUUCCUGAUGAUGGCGGUGCAUGCGCGCGUGCCCGUCCCCAUCGGUCGUCUCGAAGGACUCUGGACCCUCUAUUGUCCUAAGUACUCCGAGACCCAUUUCGACAAGUACGGUUUCGGCCAGCGCACGUUGAUUAUCUCCUCUAUUGCAGGCUUUAAAGACACGAACACUUACACGGCUCGCCUUCAUAUUCCGCCGCGCUCGAUGCCGAUUUCGAUACGGGCAUUUACCAGUCCGCCACAUGCCUCCUUUCGCUCUACGACCAUCGAGACCGUCGCCGAGGGCUACAAGAUGGAUGUGGUAUUCUUGGGCAAUGGCUAUCUGCAGAUGCGCGCUGACUUAAACCUGUUGCUGCGGGGUAAGGCUACCGAGGAAGUGGAGGGCAAGAAGGCGGAUAUGGAGUUCAUCGGCGUGCAUGAGAAGGCUACGCCGUGGGUGGAGCAAAAGGACGAGCUUGAAGAGGAGGGAAAGAGGCUGUUCGCCAAAUACGACGGUGGCGGACGCGAGUAG